AUGAAAACCAUUAUUUGUCAUUUACUGUUCUUGGUGGUGGCACUCAGCCUUAACCAUCAAACGGAUGCCGCCGCUGCUGAGGUUUCCAAAAAGGCUGUGCAGGAGUGCAUUAAGGAAGGCGGUCUAAAUGGUGAUGAUACUAAACGCAUUAUGGCCGAUGAAUUAUUUAGUCCCAAACACAAGGAAACUUCGGAGAAACUCCAGUGUUUCUUGUUGUGCUGCUAUAAGAAACUGGGCUUGAUUGCUGCCGAUGGCAAGCAGAAUCCAGAAGCAGCCAUCAAAUAUUUGCAGCAGAGAUAUGCUGAUAAAAAAGAUAAAAUCAAACCAGCUUUGGCUAAAUGUGCCAACAUCAAAAACUCUAAUCCCUGUUCAUUGAUUUAUGAGUUUGAGGGUUGUAUUUUGAAAAAUAUUAUGUAA